CUGCAGUACACCUAAACUUUUUGUCAAAGCUGUUUGUUUAUAAGAUUGUUCUGUUUUAUCAGUUUCAACUACGUUAAAUAUUGUUUACAUCAUGGAUGUGGAAAUUCAUCUUAAGAAUUUAAGAUGAGUUUUGAUUUACUUUGUGUCCAUUUAUGGUCAUUUUCCCGCCAUUAGGUUUUUACAAAACUAUUUUUUUUGGUUCAAUUAGUACUUUUAAGGAAUAAAAAUAUAUAUUUCUGAGUUUGUUUUGGAUCAAAGCUGCUUUGCUGCCCCCUAGUGGUCGAACCCUCACGUCUGUAGUAUCUGUAGAGGUGAAGAGGAGCGUCCUCUCAGGAGUUUUGAAGCUGUUGUUUUGAGCUCAGAGAUGAUCUUAGGACGGUUCUGAGGUUGACCCGAUUCUGACCGACCAGCAGACCGGCUCAAAUAUCAAUCGGGAUUUUUCUGGGACUUUUCUGGGACGGGAGACGAGCCUGAAGGCAGCGUCUGUCUCGUCCUGCUGGAGAUGAAAGUGUGAGACUGACCCGAGUCACGGGCUUUGCUUGGUCCUGAUCUGACGGAUUCUGAGGAUGAAUUUGGAUCAAUUCUUUGAUGCAGACAAAGCGUCCUCACAGAACGCCGGCGUCCGUAAAACAAAGGCGGAUGUUGUCUGAUCUGAACCUCAUCUCUGCAUCUUCAUAAGGAACCCCAUCAAGUCACUUAUCUGAGGGAAACUCCUCUGAUGACAUCAUCUGCUUCCUGAAUGGAUCUGAGGUUCUGGGCGCAGACGGACGUCCCCUGCUGGUCAUCUCUGUGGUCGUGGUCAUCCCGCCACACGUCUGUCACACGCUCAGCUCUUCCUUUCUCUGAGCUGAACACCAAACAGACGCUGCCUUUGUGCCUUCGAGCCCAAACACCCAGAGGGAGUUUUCUCCGUCAGGGUGGAUUUUUUUAGAGGAAAAAUGGGGGCCCCCUCUCUCUAUGCAGUGUAAAAACUGAACUCCCCACCCCCCCCUUAUAUGGCGUUCCCCUGCCAGCGGUGGGAGGGGCACAGAGGUAUGAGAGGCUCUCACAGGAUGUGAUGGCUGGAGAGCAGCCGGAGCGCCGCGAUGAGGAGGCAGGAGUCGGCUGAGGGGAGCGUCGCGGUCCGCGCGUGGGGGGGCGAGGAUGUGAAGACGGGAGGCGUGGUCAGGAUGAGGCGCCACCUGAACGUCAGCACCAUGGCCGCUCUCCAGCUGCUCUUCCUGCCGUUGGUCGGCUGCAUGGCGGCGUCUGCGCAUCCCCCAGGACGCCUGCCCCCAUGCCAAGUUGUCCAGAUGGACGUGUUCUGCAGCAAUCUGAGACUCCGAGGUGUUCCCGUCAACCUUCCUCGUGGAGUCCAAACGCUGGACCUCUCACUGAACCAGGUUCAGAACCUCAGCCGGGAGACUCUGGGCUUCCACACCGGUUUCCAUCGACUGAAUCUACACGCCAACAAGAUCCACUUCAUCCAGCCGGGCCUCUUCAAAGACAUGCCGGACCUGAAGGUCUUAGACCUCUCCAGGAACCAUCUCAACGUCUUUGCAGUUUCCAAAGUAAACGUCGGACCUCUUUCCGCUCUGAAGUCUCUGGAUCUUUCAGGGAACGGGUUCUACACGGGAAUGUCGGACUAUUUCCUGGCCGACUCCCCGUCACUGGAAAGUGUUUCUCUGAGCGACAACAGCAUCACAAAAGUAACACAAGACACCUUCAAGGGGUCGCUGUCCCUGAAGAAAAUCAGCCUCCACAAUAACGUCAUCCUGGAGAUCGAAGACGGAGCCUUUGACUCUCUGCAGAACCUGACCGAGCUGGACCUGUCCAAGAACUCCAUCACCUGCAUCAAGGACUUCAAUCUGCACAGCCUGGAGGUUCUGAACCUGUCCAAGAACAGUCUGGAGGAUUUUCAGAGCACAACUGCAAAACUCGACUUUAAACUCGUCUCUCUUGAUCUGAGCGAAAACAAAUUACUUUACUUCCCUCUCCUUCCUAAGAAUAAUGUCCUGGAGCACCUGGACAUUUCCCGGAACCACAUCCAGACGGUCACAGAAAGUUCAGAGAAGACCUACCUGGUCUUUGAGAAGCUGAGAUACCUGGACAUGAGCUACAACAACCUGAAAGACGUACCGGAGGAUUUUUUUAAAUGCAUGGGUUCCCUGGAGGUCCUGAACGUGAGCCAUAACUGCAUCAGCUCGUUUUCCAUCACCGAAGGACACGUGCUGCAGAAGGUGAAGGUGAUCAACCUGAGCUAUAACUCUCUGCAGACUCUACGUUUGAAGAAAGACGCACUGCUCUACCUGAGAAAGCUGUACCUGCAAGGAAAUGACCUCAAACAGCUGGACCAGCAGAUAUUUCAGAGCCUCCCAAACAUCCGACACCUGCAGCUCCAGGAGAACAACCUGAGAGUCUGCUCCUCGGAGGAGAACCAGCAGGAUCCUCCUGGUUGUGUGUUUUUUCACUCCAUUGCGAGUCUGCGCUUCCUGAACAUCUCUGAAAACAACCUGAGGACUUUGCCCUCAAAGGCCUUCGAGAACACCCCUCUGAGGUCCUUGGACUUGUCUCUGAACCCCGGCUUGGACAUGCAGAAAGGCUCCCUCUACGGUCUGGAAGACUCCCUGGCUCAUCUUCUUCUGAAGGAAAGCAACGUGUCCAGCCUGAACACGGAGCUGUCCUCUCUGAGGAGCCUCAGACACGUCGACCUGUCCACCAACCAGCUGGACAGCCUGCCGCUGUUAAACAAGGAGUCUCCCAUCGAGUCCCUCAACCUACAGAACAACAACCUGGUCACCCUGGACCAGAACACCAUGGUGGACCUGGAGCGCUCUCUAAAGACCCUCUACAUGGGCUCCAACCCUCUGAGCUGCUGCGAGAACCUUGGCGUCCUGCACAUCGUGAGGCACUCCACGGUCACCGUCCCCGACAUAGAAAUGGUCACCUGCAGCCACCAGGACCAUUCGGAGCCCGUCAACAUCGGGAUGGUGACCCAGGAGAUGUGCAGUGGACCCGACGUUCCAAACUACACCACCGUCGUCGUGGUUACGGUGGUGACUCUGAUCCUUCUGUUGGGGCUGCUGGUGAAAUGCUGCCAUUUAAGGAGACAAAAGCACAGCAGAAGCUUCAGCGCGUGAACAUGGUGGACAUGAAGGUUUGAGAGUCCAGUUCUACUUCUGGUUCCUUUGAGGUUCCUCUACAGAGAGCAGACUGCUGUGGACUCAGUGAGUGCUGACAUCCCUGUGAACCAGACAAACUCAUGAAGCACUCGUGGAAACAAAGAGGAGAAGCGGCCGUGAAGUCUUCACAGUCAGCACUUUGAACGCAAGAGCCAUGAGGGUCUGUUGGAGGUCAGCUUUCUGCCCUCCAGCAGAACCAGAACCAGCAGUGUUACAUUAGAUGUCAUACACAAAACUGUUGAAUGUAAAAAGAAUUCACACUAACGUCAGAUGUUCUCAACUGUUUCUGGAAGGUUAUGUUUACAAAAAGUCUGAUCAAUAUUUUUGCAGCUUUUUAAGACGUAAGAGUGGUUGUCCUUCAGGACUUAGAGUUUUUAGGGCCCACGGACAGUGGAGCGUGCCGUUGUUGAAGGUGUGGUCAGUGUAAAGUUAUACACUCUAAUGACGUUCAGGUGCUCUGGGAUGGUGUAUUUAUACCAGACGAGAGCAAACUUCUCGAUUUGUGGGCCAUAAAUGAGACGAUCCGUGGAGUGUUUUAGUAAUCCACCUCAUUAGAGAAAGAAUCUAAAUGGAAUCUGGCUUUAAUUUGGUUUAAAAUUAAAUAUAUUUAUAAGAAAAGUCAGUUUUGAUUCCAAUUUUUGAAGAAUUUAUGUCAAAAGUGUGACUUUUGUUUUCACUUUAGUGCAAAUUGUGACAAUGGGUUGAUGUCCCCCAGGGAAAAAUCCCUAAGCUUUAAGAAAUGCUGAGUUGAUGUGGUGUUGGAAUGAUAGACAUCCCAGAAAACUCCAUGAACAUCAGAAAAACAACACCUCUUCCUAGAAUGCUGAAUCCUUUUUUUGAAGCAAAAACAAAAGAGGAAUGUAUUUAUAACAAAACAUCCAUCAGAAACACAGAGAAGAUAAAACAUUAGAGGAUCAUCAAUAUUUUUUAUUCAAGUAUCGUGGGCCAGAUUAGAUAUUCUAGAGGGCCACAUAUUCGUUCUAGUGCGAGUCCUUACUGACAACAUUAACGAUUGUCUGUGGACUGAUUGUCACAAUUUGCAGGUUUGAACAAAUGAAAAAUCCCUACGACACGCCUGCGUCUCACCUACUUCACCCUCACGUGUUGCACAAGUGUUCACUAGGACCUGUCGCCCGCAGGUCUACAGCUCUGAUAUUUUGUCGCACAUUUUUGGCCCACAGACUGCUCGUAUCCACCCCCACGAUAGCAAAAAGAGUUUAUUCCAGCACCUGAAUCCACCUGAAACGCUCCCGGUUAAGUCCUGACGUUCAGGAGAGUCUGGACGGAAGGGCAGCCGGUGAACGCCCCGCUGCAGUGCCUCCACGGGCUGUUUAUCAGGGUUCCAUUAUGUCCUCCACAAAGACGGGGGACCCUUGGGAAUGUUUGACCCUGGGAAAGCACAUUUGUAGAGCCGGCGAUGUGGCGUCAGCUGCUGUAAAUUUCUUUGGAGCAUGCAGUUCUGGGAAUUGAAGAAUGACUCGCUCUGAAGAGAAGUAGGACAGUCUUUCUCCAUCGUCUUUGUGCUUAAACUCGUGCAGUCGUUGGCUGAACACACUUUGACGUGUUGACCAGAUGACACAAAAUGAAGGACUUUUGACACUGAAACAUUUGUCUGCAUCUGAAACAGUUUCUUUUAAGCUGAACAUAAAGAACACUAUGAAGAGUUACAGAUUUAUUUUUGCUUUUGAAGUGUUUAUCUAAGCUAUCUAUUUAACCUUUUUUAUAGUUUGCACUUUAAAUGUUCUUGUAUUUGUGUAGCUGAGUUUAACUUUGUAAUUGUAACACUAAAAGAUGAAGUUAGAGUUUUAUCCUAAAGAAGUUUCAACAUAAUUUAUUUUGGUAACUUUUUUAUAUCUCGGCUCUUUCGAAGGAUUUCCAUGUUGGCGGGAGUUGUUCCUGCUCCCAAUUAAAAACCCAUCAGGGAAACGUUUUAAUAAAAGGGGGAAAUGUGAUGAUCUAAUGAAGACACAAAGAACAGGUUCUCAGUUUGCAGUUUUUGACUGAUUUUUUAAAGAUUUUAUCACCUAAGUCUCCUACUAUUGUAAACGAAUGAAGGUAAUGGAGGCACUGAAGCAUCAAAAACGUCAUGUCAAGGUCUGGUUUUGUCUUUACGUGUCUGUUACUUUGAUAUGAAAGAAAAUCCCAAGAAGGUUAGCUGCUGCGAUGCGUUAGCUAACAAGAGCUUUUCAAUAAAUAAACAGAAACAAACAAAGACUGUGUCACGUCUCUUAAUUAAAAUC